AUGAGCCAAAAAUUUCUGAAGACUUUUAUCAAUCGAAAUCCGCGAAACCUUGAAUUACUCGGCUUUCAGGCACCUCCGAAAGGUUAUGACCUUCAAGUUGACCGAUUUCAGCGUUCAUUUAUACAUAAGGCGCAGCUGGUUCGCUUAAAGAAUCAUACCGAAGCUCACUUAUUGCAUUAUAAAAAUGGUAUCGUCUUAACUGCUUCUACUCGGGAAAAAGCAGUUUCAAAUCAGCUUCACAGCAAUAUAGAUGUUACAGCAGCCUUAAAUCUCGGUCGCAUUCUUGCGAUUAGAUGUCUUAUGGCUGGCAUUCACUUUGUGAGCAUAGCAGACAAUGAAGAAAUGAUUAUGGAAAAUGACCAUUUGAAAGCAUUUUAUGAUUCUAUGGCAAAUGAAGGUGUCGUAUUAAAUGAACCGCCACAUAUUGAACACAAUUAUAUCAGUGAUAGGAAUUUUUUGCAUGAUCGGUAUAUUGUAAACCACACUCGUCUUGAUAAAACCGAUUAA